AUGGCAUGGUUCGCAUCACUGGUCGUUCUUGGCGCCGUCUAUGUAGCUGCCUUGGCGUUCCGCCUCGUUCGGCACUUGGCCGUGUGCUUCCGGGGUCCCAAGGACAUCCGGCGGUGCUACGGCACGUGGGCCACCAUCACGGGGCCAACAUCUGGCAUUGGAUGGUCCCUGGCCGUGGAGCUCGCGCGCAGUGGGCUGAACCUUGUCCUCGUCGGCCAAGACCCGGCCAAGCUCCGGGACAUCUCCCAGACGAUAUGCAGGGCCGCUCCCACCGUGAAGACCCAAGACUCUAGUCUUGGGCUGUCCCUCCUCGCCACCGCCCACAGCGACGAGGCGAUGCGGCGGCUGCGGCAGACCGUGGAGGCGCUGGACGUUGGCGUGCUGGUGAACAACGCCGGCGUGCUGGAGCCCUGCGCGGUGUUCCUGCACGAGGCCGGAGCGGAGGAGUGGGUGGAUAUGAGGGUGAACCUGUUGGCGCUGACGGAGGUGACAGCGGCGGUGAUUCCGGGCAUGGUGGACCGCGGGAGGGGAGCUGUAGUCAACUUGGGCUCGGCUUCGUCAGAGGCCAUCCCCUCCUUACCACUCUACACCAUGUACGCCGCCACUAAACGCUAUGUUGCUCGGUUCUCUAAGAGUCUUCACU